GGUCGCCAAGGUCAGCAUCCUUAACAGGAACAAUUAAAAUUGCUGAAAAAGACAUGCUAUAGAUACAUUAGUUGAAUGUAAUCGUUUAUAUUCCGUGAUAUGGGAAUAUUCCCACUACUGAUGAAGUUCAAGGCUGGACCUCACUGGAAUUUACAUCUCAGUGUAAGAAGUAAAUUACAUUUGUGUAGGCCAAUGACUAAACUGUGUUUAUCUGAUAUAUUCUGUAUAUACUUAGCCGAAUUCUUCUCCAGUAACAAUUUAAAUCAACGAUUUAUUAAGACUAAGUUCUGUGAUAUACAAUGGCCGAAUCAUGUGAUGAAAAUGGCAAGAACAAACCGAUCUCAAAAAGUGUGUCAUCUUCCAGCUCAGAUGGAAGUCUUUCCAUUGAAUCAUCAACCAUUUCUAUGCCGCCCGCACCAGACGGGGGCUAUGGAUGGAUCAUUGUAUUGAGCGCAUUUUUGACUAAUAUGAUUAGUGAUGGCUUUGCCUUUUCUUUGGGCGUUUUGUAUUCAGAAUUGUUGGAUGUUUUUGGAGAGAGUAAAAGUACAACUUCAUGGAUCCCAUCUUUAUUUUUCGGGAUGCCCUUGAUAGCAGGUCCCUUAGCUGGUGGACUGGCAACAAAAUUUGGAUGUAGAAAAGUUUUGAUAUUUGGCGGAAUAUUAACAAGCAUUGGCGUGUUUGCCAGUGCCUUUGCCAAUUCUAUUGGCAUGUUGUGUUUCUUGUUUGGAAUAGUAGCAGGAACUGGCAUGUCUAUGGGAUAUGUGACAUCACUUGUCAUGGUGGCUUUCUAUUUCCAUAAGAAACGGGCCCUUGCUACAGGGCUUGCUGUCUGUGGAUCAGGAAUCGGAACAUUUUUAUUUGCUCCAUUCCUUGAGUACUUGAUUGAAGAAUACACGUGGAGAGGAUCAUUUAUAAUUCUUAGUGGAAUUACAUUAAAUUUAGUUGUUUGUGGUGCCUUGUUACGACCUUUGGAAUUCACUCCAGAACAAGAGUGGCAAAGAAAUCUAGAAGCAUUCGAAAAAAUGUCAAGGUCAGUGUCAAAAGCCAGUCUUCCUGAUCAUGGUAGACGUAGUAGAAAAUGUAGUGAAUCGGACAGCUCUAGCAGUGAUUCAGAUGAGGAGAAAUAUAUUGGAUCUGAGCAGUUAAGUCAUUCGCAAGUAAUACUACCAACAUUUCUGGCAGAAAAGAAGAACAAAAUACCAAAAGAAGUUUUCAAGGAAAUGUGCACAAACACUGAUGAAGCUCUUGAUAUUCUAAAGAAUUAUUUCCGCACAAGAGGUUCAUCUGAUGUUAACAUUAUUAACAAUCCCAUAGAAGGUAUGUUGACAGUCACUAGUAAUGACAAAAUUGUUAUCGUUAAAGAAGAUCCUAUUAAAAGACAGAAAUUUCGCAACAAACAAAAAACAGUGCAAAGGGCAAAAUUGUCACAAUAUUUCCCAAUGUGUCGUAAAGAUUUGUUUUACCGUGGAAAUAUCAUGAAGAUUUCCCAUAUUCAUUACCGAUCAACCAGUUGUCCAGAAUUAUAUCAUGGAUCAUUUGAUGAUGAUAGUUCAGAUGAUGAAGACGAAUGGUGUCCAGGAAUGCCAAAACUACUUAGAUUUUCAAAACACAUGAAAAAGUUUUUCAGAACUAUGUUCGAUCCAAAGAUUAUCAAAAGUCCCCUUUUCAUCUUGUUUGCGUUGUCCAAUUUUACAUUGUACUUCUGGUACGACGUGCCUUAUGUGUUUUCAGUGGAUCAGGCCAAAAACGUUGGAAUCUCAGAUAAAAAGGCGUCAUAUUUACUCUCUGUUAUUGGAGGGGUUAAUACUAUCGGACAAAUUAUGUAUGGCUAUAUUGGUGACAAGAAUAUUAAUCUUCCACUACUGUAUGGCCUAUCCAUUAGUCUGUCAGGACUUGCACUAUUAUUUUAUCCUAUGUUCUCAAGCUUUUCGGUAUUGGCCAUCAUAAGUGGUGUAUUUGGAUUCUUCAUCAGUGCUAACUAUGUUCUUUCAACAUUAAUUUUGGUGGAAUUUUUGGGUAUGGACAAGUUAACAAAUGCAUAUGGACUGACCAUGCUUAUACAAGGGAUUGCCAAUAUGGUUGGACCACCAGUUGCAGGUUGGCUGUAUGACACAUCAGGAAGUUACAAUAAUACUUUCUACUUCAGCAGUAUCUUUAUCAUUCUAGCUGGCUUCAUGUUGACAACCGUUCCAGUAACCAAAUUUCUUAAACGGCACCUCAUGUCACAUGACAAACACAAGAGGGGAUCUCCAGAGGAUAUUGCAGAUCACGACAUGACACGAGUCCAUUUUAUACCUCAGAACAUAGAAAUCAGUGUGUAAGAAAUUGCAUAAGAUGAUAGUGGUAUGUCCAAAGACCAGCCCUUUGUGCAAAGAUAUAGCAAUCAGUGAUAGAAACAUUCAGUUUUUUGGUUUUUUUUUUACUUUUGUAUAAUUAUGUGUUGCACUAUAGAGAGUUAAAGAGUCAUCGACUGUAAAUUUAUACAUGCUACCUAAAGUUUGUUAUGCAUUUAUAAUUUUGGCUAGUACAAUAUGUUAUGCAUUUAAAUAAAAGAACAAUUUUCUUUUGAAAAA